AUGGAAUAUAAAGAAAAGCCUGAAGGACCUUUCUUUGUGUCUUUUUAUGUUACAAAUUUUAAUUCUUCUGACCCGUCCUUUUCUUACAAGAUAAAUAUAGUAGACUUUUAUGAUAACCUAUAUGAAUCUAAUAUCAUAAACCAAAAUAAUUUUAAACAAAUUAAUUUUUCCAAUAAUUAUAUACAAUUAAAUGAAGAAAUUUUAGUAAAGACCAAUAUAAGUGAUGAUAAUAAUUUUGUAUUGAUAGGAUAUGAGAAUAUCAAAGCUUUGUCAUUUUUGCAUGAACAGUUAAUAAUCUCAAAGAAUAUUAUAAUAACAUAUAAAUAUGAAGAUCAUAAAGAAAAUGUAGUUAAUAAAAAUAUCGAUAAUGAAAAGAACAAAAAAAAAAAAGAUAAUGAAAAAGAAGGAAAAAAUAAAAAGAAAAAGGAAAAGAAUAAAAAUAAUACCAAGAUUGAAAUCGAAAUAUUAGAAAAUUCGAUAAAAAAGGAUAUUGACAUAAAUUUUAAUAUUACCCUAAAUAUAAAUUCACUGGUUGGACAUUACUGCGAUAGGCUUAAUUAUAAUAUUAUGAACGUUAAGAUUGAUGGGAUCUAUAAUAUAUCUUCAUCAAUAGAAGAAAUUGUCACAAAAAGAAACUCCCUAAAUUUUCAAAUGAAAUUAUUAGACAUCUCCUUAAACAAUGGAAUUCUUAUAGAAGAUAAGGAGAACAAGAAAUAUAAUAUUACUUGGAAUAAUGAUAAUAUAUACAAAUAUAGAAAUAUAAAGGAAAUCGAAUAUAUCUACAAAUAUCUAUUUUAUGAAUCCUUCAACAUAAAUGGAUGGAUAAUUUGUUCAAAUGAAAGUAAAAAACAAAAAGAUAAUGUAACCCCCAAUAUAGUAGAUUCUUUAUGUGCAACCUUUGAGGUUAAUAUAUCUGAUAUAAUAUUAAACAAAGUCGUUAAUGCCAAGUACAAACUGCAUCAUAUAAAAGAUUUAAAAAAGGACAUAAAAAAUGUAAAACAAAGUGGCAAUCAAUGUUUAGAUAUUUUCUCAAAUUCGUAUAUACAGCUAACAAUACAAUUUUAUAAACCCUUCUUGCAAAGAACAAUGCUGGAAAGUCCAUUCCCAAUUGAUUCUAUACGUCCAAAUUUAAAAAAAGAAAUACAAAUAGAAAAUGACAAAAAGCAAAAAGAGGAUAUCAGUAAUUUAUUUAAUCGAUCAGUUGUGGAAGGCAUAAAUUUUAUCAACGACCAAAUAAAACAAUUAAGAAAAGAACAACAAAUGAAAAUUUAUCAAAGAACAAAAGAAUAUUUUUCCUUUCUAAACAACUUAAAGGAGAACCCAACGUACAUAAAUUUAUAUAAUAAUAUGAAAGAUGUGAUGAUUAAAGUUACAUAUGAUAUAAUUAAUAAAAAAAUUUAUAAGCAUUUUAAUAUAAGUGAUGAGGUUUGCAUGGAUAUAUCUAGCGAUAAUGAGAAUAUUAUAGAUAAAGAAAAAAAAAUAGAAACAUCAAAUUUAAUUUCAGAAGAAAACAUUAAUUGUAUUUUUGUCUAUCUGUUUAAUUUUAUGUAUGAAUCAUCUAAUGUCAUAAUAAAUAAUUAUUUUGAAAAAGAAGAUAAUAUAAAUAAAGAAUCAAUAAAUGAUAUAAAAAAAUAUAAUAACAUAAAUAAUUUAGAAUAUUAUUUAUAUAAUAUUAUUAUAGAAAAUGUACAUUUAUUAAAAUAUAAAAGAAAUAUUCCUUUUAUCGAAGCAAUAAUAUUAAUACUUUAUAAAAAGAUAAAUAAUAUAUAUGAACGUAAUAUAAAAGAAAAAAAUAUAAAUGACAUAUUUAUAGAAAAAGGUGAUAAUCAUAUUAUUAAUAUAAUAGAUAAUUAUACAUGUUAUAAUAAUAAUAAUAAUAAUACCAUAAAUGAUAAUUAUAUAUAUAAAAAAAAAGAAAAAAAAAAAAAAAACUUAUAUUCUAAUAGUCAAGAAAAUAAUAUAACAUCAUUAAUAAAACAUAUUUGUAUUGAUAAUCGAAGUAAUUUCAAUUCUUAUCUUUUUGAUUAUAUUGAACACUUUGAAGAUAUUAUAUUACAUAAACAUGUGAGAAAAGACGAUGAAGAAAUAUUUAAAAGAAAUAAUUUGCAGGAAAAUAUCUUAUCCGUUUUUAAUAUGGAAGAAAAUAAAAAUAUAAAAAUUAUGUUUACAGAUAUUAUUUAUAUGUAUUCUAAAGUUAUAUUAUUAAAGAAUAACACUAUUAAUCUUAAAUAUGAUAAACAAAGCCAAAUUUUAAAAUAUACAGAAGAAAAUGAAGAGAAUAAAGAAAAAAAUUACUAUGAUGAUAAUGAUAAUUAUAAUUGUCAGGUUAAUUUCGACUAUUAUGAUACAUAUAUUAAUACCAAUAUUGUAGACACUUCAAUAUCGUGUUUGUGCACCUAUAUAGAACUAACCAACAGUAAAAAUAUUGAGAGCCUGUUCAUUCUAUGCCUUUUAUAUUUGAACAUACAUAAAUAUAAAGAGAGUUUAAAAUUAGCUAAUUAUAUUAUAAAUAUUUUACAAAAAAGAAAAGAAAAUGAAGCAAAAAUAAAAGACAAAUUAGAUGACAAAUUAGAUGAUAAAUUAGAUGAUAGGGUAGACGUUAAUGUAGAAAAUGUAAUAGAAGCAAAGUUAAAAGAAAAAGAAAACCAUUUAAAUAUAAAUAAUUUAUAUAUAUAUAGUACUUUUCAUGACAAUAAUUUGAACAUAUGUGAGAACAUAUGUAUAUAUAUUAAAAGCCUUUGUUAUUUUUUUCAACGUAAUUAUAUAUACUAUUAUAUAAAUAUGUGUAUACUUUUAAAUGAAAAUAAAAAUAUAUUAAAAGAAUGCAUAGAAAAAAAUGCCAACAUAUAUGAAGAAGAAAAGGAAAAAUGUUGUGAUUCAAGAAAAUCCAAUAAUAAAGAAAGUAAAAAAAAAGAGAAAAAAGAUAUUGAAAAGGAUCAUAAGGAAAAGAAAAAAGGUUCAAAAAAAAAAAUAAAAGAUGAAAAUAAUGAAAAGAAAGAUAUACAAAAUGAAGAAAUAUUUAUGAAUAAUGAAAAAAUGGAUAUACAAAAUGAAGAAAUAUUUAUGAAUAAUGAAAAAAUGGAUAUACAAAAUGAAGAAAUAUUUAUGAAUAAUGAAAAAAUGGAUAUACAAAAUGAAGAAAUAUUUAUGAACGAUGAAAAAAUAGAUACACCAAAUGACCAAACUUUAAACACAUAUAACAAUAAUAAGAAUAAUAAUAACAGUAACAUAAAUUUGUAUGACAAUACCAAUAUUUCAAGAAAAAAGCAUAAAGGUAAGGAAAUUUCAUCACCAAAAAAUCUAAAAAGAAAAUCAGAAAUAUCUUCUUAUCACACAGACCAUUUAUUAUUGACAUAUAUUGAAACGUCAGAAGAUAAAAUUCCAAUAAAAGAUAAAUAUAUGUUGUUAUUUAUAAUAUAUUGUAUAAAAUAUAAUAUUAUUAAUAUUGUUAUGUUCAUAUAUGAAAAUAGAAGAAAACUUUUAAAUGACAUAACUAUUGACUCACAUUUAUUUCAUCAUCUGACUAUAAGAAUAUUUUUCUCAAUAAAAGAUUAUCUCAAGUGUAUUAAUUUGAUAGAAGAAAAAUUCGAACACUUAAACAACGUGGAUAUAUUAUACAUCUAUUCACAAUGUUUAUAUAAAUUAAAAAACUAUAAAAAAUGUAUAGAAUAUAUGCAAAAGUAUUUAAAUUUAUGUAAAUAUAAUAAUGUGAGAGUUAAAAUAUAUCUACAAUUAAAUAAAAUAUAUUUUUCUUUAAAUAAAUAUUCAGAAAGUAAGAGUAUGAUAAAAAAUUCUUUACAAAUAUAUAAGACAAGUUAUGCUUAUCUUAACUUAGCAUAUUACUAUUUGAUUAAAAAAAAAAAUUUUAUCUAUUCAUAUAAAAUGUUAUAUAAAGCAAACGAGAUAAAUAUUUUCAAUAUUAAAUUGUGGGCAUAUCUCACAGUAGUAUUCCUGCAUUUAAAUAUGAAGAUACAAGCUGAUAAAAGUUUAAAUAAUUUUUUGAAAAUGAAAGUGUAUAAAAAAGAUCUUAUUAUUCAUAUGAUGGAGACAUACAAAUAUUAUGGUUAUGAAAAGGAAGAAAAAUAUUUAUUAUCAUUUUUAAAAAAUUAG